UCUGUCAAAGCCGGAUUGGCCGGCUGCGGAGACGGAAGCGGCUCAAGGAUCCGAGCUGGCGGAGCCCGGCUGGGGCGAUGUGGAGAGCUGGAUGCGGCCGAGCUGCUGGAGCAGCGCUGCUGGGGCUACUGCUGGCGCUCCUGGUGCUCGGCAGCGGUGCCGCCAAGACCGGCGCGGGGCUCGUGACCUGCGGGUCGGUGCUGAAGCUGUUUAACACGCAGCACAGGGUGCGGCUGCACUCGCACGACGUCAAAUACGGAUCCGGCAGCGGCCAACAGUCGGUGACCGGCGUGGAGGCGUCUGACGACGCGAAUAGCUACUGGCGCAUCCGCGGCAGCUCGGAGGGCGGGUGCCUGCGCGGGUCCCCAGUGCGUUGCGGGCAGGCGGUGAGGCUGACACACGUGCUCACUGGCAAGAACCUGCACACGCACCACUUCCCAUCGCCGCUGUCCAAUAACCAGGAGGUGAGCGCCUUUGGGGAAGACGGUGAGGGUGACGACCUUGACCUGUGGAUGGUGCGCUGCUCAGGGCAGCACUGGGAGCGGGAGGCCACCGUGCGCUUCCAGCAUGUGGGCACCUCUGUGUUCCUGUCUGUCACUGGCGAGCAAUAUGGGAGCCCCAUCCGUGGGCAGCAUGAGGUGCACGGCAUGCCCAGCGCCAACACACACAAUACAUGGAAGGCCAUGGAAGGCAUCUUCAUCAAGCCCAGUGUGGAUCCCUCUGCAGGUCAUGAUGAACUCUGAGUGCCGUGGAUGGGUGGAUGGGAGGGUGGCAGUGUGAGGGCAUCUGCAGGGCCACUCUUGGUGAAGACUUUGGGUUUGUAGGGGUUCUUAAGUGCCUUUGUUAAUUAAAGAAUGUUGGUCUGUGAUA